UUGGCUUCUCUAGAGCACAUUUAUAGCCGUCACAAAUAGAAGAUCUAAUCUAGUACAUUUGCAUUGUAAUAAAAUGAAAGAAGAAAAUAAGUUUGCGACCAUCCAGCAAUAUGGCUACGAAACGUAUAUAUCGCAGGCAGGAAGAUGAACUUAACAGACGAAAAGCGGCCCGUUUGCGUUUUCAGAAUUUAAUACGGAGUGUAGCCUGGAAUCGUAUUUGGUUAGUAGAUGUAGGCGAUCAAAAAUUAUCACUAAAUGUUAAAAAAAAUAUCAAUAUGCUAGUGCGAACUCGCCGUAAGAUUGGUUUAUUAACAAUAGCUGAGAAGUCGCUGAUAAGAACGCAUCAUUCUCUACGUAGCAAUGAGGAGCGUAAAAGUCUGGUAAAGUUAAUAGCCGGACUAACAUGCUUUUCAAAAAUAUCACCGAAAGUACGAGCUCGUUUAUGUAAAGUAAUAAAAUUUAUGGUAAUUGGGCCAGGACGUACUUUAAUCAGAGAAGGGGAUCCUCCAUCUGUAGUGUAUUUUAUAUUAACGGGUGAAGUGGAAGUCAGGAAAAAAUUUUAUGAUCAUAUAGUCGGUAAAUGGGUGAAUAGAAUUCAGAUGCUAAUCGGUCCUGGCGAAUGUGUGGGGGACGUAGAAUUGAUUGAAGGAUGUUUAAGAACACAAACACUGACCACCACUGAUGUCGUUGAAUUAUUGGUCGUUUUCGAAGAGGACUUCAAUGCAAUACUUCGGAAGGAAAUGACAAAACAUUGGAAUGAACGUAAAGCUGCAUUAAUGUGCUUAGAUUAUUUUAAAAGCUUCACUAGAGAGCAGAUCAUUGAUACCUGUAAAGUGAGCUUAGUAAGACAAUUUGAGCCACUUGAGACCAUAUAUUACGAGGACAAGGGACAAGCUAGUUACGUUCACUUUGUAAUCAGCGGCGAAUGUAUGAUCUUACAAUGUUUAAAAAUGCGCGUUACAAAAAAGGAUAAAUCAAAACAUUAUGAAUUGAUUGACAUAGUCAACGCAACGGGAGCUGGCUCAAUUUUCGCUGUAUCCAGCAGUCGAGAAGUGAUGAGAGUAGAUAGUCGAAUCGACGUUGCGGUUCAUGGAAAUAUUUACGAUAUUGAUGAAUUACUCGAAUCCGAUGAAAAAGCAUCAGCUGUAGAGGUUCAUAAAGUUGAUCUAAGAACGAUAGAAGCCAAAUGCCAAGCCUUAAGAAUACCAGUUAAAGAAGCAUUAUCCACGUCUUCUUCAUAUGAAUCUUGGUCGAUUGAAGGGGAACUUGAAGAGAAUUACGAAAAUGAAGAAGAAUUUGAAUACGAAGAGGCACGCCUUAGAAAAACUCGAAAAUCUAACAAGCUGAGAAAGAAAUUUUCUCGAAGACAUCGCGUCACCAGUAUGUUUGACAGAGAAGAGCGCGAGGAAGAAGAUCAAGAAACAGUAGAAGACGGGGAAGAAGAAGCCGAAGAUGAAUCUUUAACGAUAGCUUCACGUUCUAUAGAAACAUCAAAUCUUCCUCCAUCUAUUCUAACAUCUGCUGCAGCGUCUACUCCAUCAUCUAGUGAAACACAACAAUUGAAAACAAAGGCACUUCAACGUCAUCAUCAUUAUCGACGCAAAAAGCAAAAACACAGACAAAGUGAAGUUGAAGAAAUUGACCCUCAUCGUGAGAGUUCUGUGCACAUUUCCGAUAUAGACACAUCUCUUGAAUCUGAUGAGUCGUAUCAAUAUUGGAUACCAUAUCAAAAGCCUGCUCCCGUCCGAGAGAAUCAUUUUAUUGAUGUCGGCUCUUUAACAUUUGGCGGUAUUUUCGGGUUGGGUGAGAUAUCGGAACAUCGAGUAAUCAUGGCACGCACUACUGUACAGUGCUUGCUAAUACCACGGUUUUGGCUUUUUGAGAAAGAGCAAUGCCCCGGUAACAUUUGGCAACGUAGACGAUUUUAUUUAGAUUCAACAAUACCGUCUCGGGACACAUUGUUUAAGGAUUUUCUGACCACACUUCAAUGGCAAAAAUUCAAAGCGGAUGUUUUAGAAGAGUACGUUGGUCCUAAUUCACCCGCAAAUGCAACGCAAACUCAGGAUGUACCAAUUAUUUGCCGUAUUGUUGAAGCUAGCGAUGAAUAA